GGCGUGGUCUAGCGGCCCCGGCGAGGACGCGGCACCGGCCCCGAGGCUCUGACCCCCGCUCCGUCUCCGCCUCCGCCGCCGACCGUAGGUGCUGCGGCUGCCGGCCACCAUGGGCAAGCAGAACAGCAAGCUGCGGCCCGAGGUGCUGCAGGACCUGCGGGAGAACACGGAGUUCACGGACCACGAGCUGCAGGAGUGGUACAAGGGCUUCCUCAAGGACUGCCCCACCGGCCACCUGACCGUGGACGAGUUCAAGAAGAUCUACGCCAACUUCUUCCCCUACGGCGACGCGUCCAAGUUCGCCGAGCACGUCUUCCGCACCUUCGACACCAACGGCGACGGCACCAUCGACUUCCGGGAGUUCAUCAUCGCGCUGAGCGUGACCUCGCGGGGCAAGCUGGAGCAGAAGCUCAAGUGGGCCUUCAGCAUGUACGACCUGGACGGCAACGGCUACAUCAGCCGCAGCGAGAUGCUGGAGAUCGUGCAGGCCAUUUACAAGAUGGUGUCCUCCGUGAUGAAGAUGCCAGAGGACGAGUCCACUCCAGAGAAGCGAACGGACAAGAUCUUCAGACAGAUGGACACCAACAACGACGGUAAACUGUCGCUGGAAGAGUUCAUCAAAGGUGCCAAGAGUGACCCCUCCAUCGUCCGGCUGCUGCAGUGUGACCCCAGCAGCGCCAGCCAGUUCUGAGGGCUCAGGCCUCCGGACAGUCGCGGAGAAACACAGGCUUGUCUUGCCGUUUAAGCUUUGCUUGCAAAAGUGGAUGCCUCCUCCAUCAUUCCUGGCCCUGGGCCGCCGCGCCCGCCCCUCCCCGACACCCCCAGGGCCACUCCCGGGGAUGUUUACACGCAGGGUCCCAGUGUUCUGGCCUCCAGACAUCGCCCGGCCGCAGGGGCCCGGGGCAGCCGUGGGGGACCCCCCGCUCAUUUAUUUUGUGACCACAGGCGACUCACAGGUGGGGACAGGGACGGAGGGAGUGCAGACAGGCCGGCCCCUCCCGUGCAUGGCUCGCCUCGCCCCGCCGCCCUCGAGCAGCCGCGCCGCGUCCACCCGCGGCCCCCUUUUCAUGUAUAAAUUAUACGUAUGGUGAAGUGACGUGUAACGUGUAGGCCCGUAUUUAAUGCCGUGACUGCCUGGAAGCGUGGUUCCCCCGUGGCCGUGACCCCUCCGAGCCUGGUUAUCUGUGGUAUUUAUGCUCUCAGCUGCCGUGUCUAAGGGGAUGCAUGCGUGCCCGACCCCGGGCCCUGCCGUGCGCGUCGUGAGCACAGCUCCUGUGAGGUCUGUCGUCCCUGUUGAUUGGUCUGGCAUUUCUUGUAUUAAAAUGAUCAAAUAAACUGA